UCACGAGAACGUGUAAGGUGCUCGUCAUGAUUCUGGAAAACAGAGAUCCCCGAAGCAUAAUCGGUGAACAAGCCGGUAUUCGAUUCAAUCAAAUUAUUGCGGAACCAAAAGUACUAAAGAGCCAUUCAUUGUACUGGUAUUCCAGCACGAUCUGCUAUGAAAGAUGGCGCCUGUUUGUUUACCAAUGUCUGAGCUGUCUCACCGGACCAUGUAUUGCAAAUUCUGUGGCGUCAUCCAUUGGAGGUCUCAUGUUUACCGUUAUUUGGAUAAUUACACCAACAAAUCGAUUGUGUAAAAAGUGUGCCGGUGGGUGCGAAGACACAUUAAAGCCCGGAAUUCAUGGCUGUUGUCCUUUUGGUAAACUAUUCAAGAAGUGCAAGAAAGUCAAAAAUACUGUUGAUGGUGGAUCUAUCGAUAACCUUGGAAUAUUGUCUAUUUAGGCCGCCAAAAUAUAAAUAUUAUUAAUUGAGAUUGAAGAUCGUAGAAUGCAAUGUGUAUAUGCUUGAAUAGGCGGCUUGUGAAUGUUACUAUGAGAAAGUAGUCUGAAAACGUGUCACUUUUUCGAAAAUGUUUCCUUCUACGACGUUUGUGUAUACCAAAUUUAAAAAAAUCUGUUCACAUCACUAAAACAGCCACUAUCAUAUAGCUUUUUAUUGUUCAUUUUAACUGAAUGUUAAGUAAUGUUCUGACAGACAAUAAAAAUAGAAAGCAGACUGUGA